AUGAGAUUAUUAAUAGCAUCAAGAACUGAAGAAAUAACUUCAGAUACAAUUAAAUUAAUUAGACAAAUAGAACUUGGUAAAGAUUAUAUUAGUACUUCAAGUGAUUAUUUAGAUUCUCAAGAUAAUUAUAGUGAAGAUUUAGAUAACUGA